CCCGAAGCAGGAGAGAGGGUGAAAGCAUUUUCCCUCAGCCUGUCAGAUGUUGGGAAGGCCAUGGACCUGGCGGCCGCGCAUCAGAUGGCAGAUCCGGAUGCCAUCCAGGCCUUGAGGGAACAAGUUCUGGAAUGCCCUGAGGCAGGAAGGUUGGAAUUGGUAUAUCGGCUCCCAGGCAGCGGAGGGAACCCCGCAUCAGCGCAAACACAAUCCAGGGCCUUCGUUAAGAACUUUGCCGCUAAGACUAAACACCUGAGGAAAUUAGUUCGUCAGGAUCAGGAAUGGGUAUGGGGUGAGGAACAAGAAGAGGUGGUGGCAAAAAUGAAGGAGGAAUUUCGAGAAGGAGGGUUGGUGAUAGGAGCGCCAGAUUAUGACGCCACAGAGACGCGACCCUUCAUUGUCGAAAUGGAUGCGGGACCGACUGCCUUAGGGGGAGUUCUAAUUCAGGCAGACAUGGAAGGAAAGGAAAGACGCUUGCGAUUUGAGAGCCGGACUCUCUGUACAACGGAGAGGAACUACUCUCAGUUCAAGAGAGAGACCCUUGCUGUCCUCCACUGUCUGCGAAUCUUCCGGAACUAUAUCUUCGGCAGGAGGUUUAUUUUGAGAGUGGAUCCGACCGCCCUGGCCUACUCUCUAAGGAAUUUUGCUCCAUCGGAUCCGACGGUUGCCAGAUGGCUGACGUACAUCUGGAUGUUCAAUUUCAAAUUGGAACGGAUUCCUGGUAGUAAGAACCGGGCGGACGGGCUGAGUCGGAUCAACUGGGAUAAGCAGGAAGGGGAGGCGGUGGAGAAUACGCCCCCAGUUGAUGGAUUUCUGGAUCAGGAAGAAGAUGUUCGUCUUCAUAUCAACAAAUGGUCGCCACGAGUGCCCAGCUGUGUAGGUUAUCCUAUCUGGCUAGUCCUUAAGCCCUUUGAGGAAGAAGAUCCCUGGGCCAAAAAGGAUGUUCAGUGGAUGAUGGAGCUAGCGUUGGUAAGCUCGCAUAGCCUGGUGGAGGAAAUGAGAACGAUUGAGGAAGGACCUGGCCAGGUAGAACGGCAUGAGGACCUGAUGGGAGGAAUGUAUCUCCUCGUCAACACGUUAUUGCAGGAAGGCCUCGACCAGCCAGGCUCGUUGAACUCGACAGGAAAUGUGGAUGAAGUGUCCGAGAGCCAGGACGACGAGUUCGAGGAAGGAGAGAUUAAGGAGGCUUUUCGUGCAGAGGAGUACGACGGGAUCUACCUAGAAGUGGGGCUUCUUCUGUCAUGUGAAAUGCGGCUAAGGGAUGCAAGCGAUAGGGCUCAGAGGAUGCUGCAGCGCUACUUAGUGCGAGACGGCCACCUUUUCGUGAGAAGAGAAGUGGGGAAUCCCAGGAGGGUCGUCUGCGGUAGGAAUCGUCAAAUCGACGUCGUAGCAGCACUACACGAUGGCAUUGCAGGAGGGCAUCGAGAGGUACAAGCCAAGUAUGCCAAGAUAAGUGAGUUGUACUACUGGGAUGGAAUGAUGGACAUGGUCGGGAUAUUCUGUCGAUCCUGCGUGCCCUGCCAGGAGAGAUCCCGUUUAAGGCAGGGAGAGCCGCUGCAUCCAAGGUUAGAGCGAGAGGUGGGGGCCGUAGUGCACCUCGAUCUGCUUUUUAUGCCACUUGGGGAUCAGGGCUAUAACUAUAUCUUCGAUGCGCGCGAUAACCUGUCUGGGUUCGUAGACGGGCGUGCUAUUCGCACAAAGACCGGGUUAGUCUUAGUGAGCUGCAUCGUGGAAUAUUAUCUGCGUUACCCUUUCGUAAGGGAAUUCGUAAUGGACAGGGGAUCGGAGUUUACCUGCCAGGAGGUGCAAUAAUUCUUAUCAAGGUCUGACUUUACGAAGACAGCCAUGCCAAGA